AGUAAACAAAUAUUGCGCAAUCCAAUCCAACAUUCUGCAAUUUUAGCCUUAUACAAUAACUAUGGAAUUUAUACCUGGUUUGGAAGAAAAUACAAAUAAAGGAGGCGAAUUAGCUUGUGAUAUCGAUAAUGUAACGACAAUUUCUUUUACACCAACUACAUCAAAUUCAGAAAUUCGGAAAGAAGACAUCGCAGAUUUCGGCGAUGAGGGAUUUCUGUUAUAUGAUGUGUUAUCUCACGAAGAAAGUAACUUGAUUAUCAACGAGGGAGAAAAGAUCGGUUUCGAAAGAAUGAAGGGGGUAAAGGACGAAUACAGAAGUGUUCAACGGAUAACUUUGAACAAUCCAGAUGUUGCACAGAUUCUUUGGGAUCGAAUCAAAGAUUAUUUAAAACCAAUAGAGUUUACAGAAACAAAAGACCCUAAAUCUCAACAUAUACAUGGUAUUCCAUUUUUACUGAAAGGAAAAUGGGAACCAUGCGGUUUAAAUAAUAUUUUUAGACUAUGUAGAUACUACCCAGGAGGACACUUUGCGCCGCAUUACGAUGGUUUUUAUGCAAAAAGUUCUAAUGAAAGGUCAUUGAAGACAUUUAUGUUGUAUCUAAAUAACGAAUUCCAAGAUGGUUGCACGCAGUUUGUAAAUGAGAAUCAGACUUUAUAUAAGGAUGCAAAUGGCAAAUAUUGUGCUGAAGACAAAAAUAUUCUUGAAAGAAUUCAUCCUCAUCCUGGAAUGGCGCUUUUGUUUAAUCAUCAAAGAUUGCACGAAGGUCAGAAAGUAAGAGAUGGGACGAAAUAUAUUUUACGAACAGAUAUAAUGUAUAAAAGAUCUGGUGACAAAACAAUGGACGAAAAUGAAGAAAAGGCUUUACAGCUAUUACAAGAGGCAGAAAGACUAGAGGGCAUGGGAGAUUGCAUGAAAGCUUCAGAAUUUUACAGGAAAGCCUUUAAACUGUCUCCAGCGCUAGAAAAUUGUCAUUGAGAGUUGUGUUGUUACUCAUCCUCAAAGAUACAGCAAUAUAUUGAUAUUUUUAUAUUUUUAUAAAGAUUAGUUUUUACAUGUUUUAUCAAUGUUUUAAU